AAGUUUUCGACGCACUUUUGACAACAGCUGUUUGUUUUGUUUGUGAUCAACUGCAGUUUUCGACUUGUUUUGCUAAAUUUUGUACCUAUGCAAUUAGGUGUUUUAUUCGCUGAACACCUGCCCUUCAGUUUAAUAUAUAAAUACUUAUGUCGAACCAAAUUAAAGGCACUUGUGAAUUAUUUUGUCCGGAUGCUGAGGCCAAACUACGUAUAAAAGAGAGACUACUUCAUUACUAUGAACUGAAAAACGGCGAAAAGCAUGUGCCAGGGCAGUUGGUGAAGGCAUUUGCACGUUCAGCUGCGGGAGUUAAAACACCUAGAGCUAAGGACUUACGCUCCGAAAGAUGUUUACAAAGAACACUGGAGUACUUAUUAAAAGAUAUAAUUUUAGACAAGCGGAGAUCAUACAAUUUCAUGUAUGAUUUCAUAUUUGAUCGUUUGCGUGCAGUGCGACAGGAGGUAGUCAUGCAACAAUAUAAUGAACGACAAACUUUAAAGUUAUUAGAACCAAUGAUAAUGUUUUUGGCUUACAGUCGUUACAGGCUUUGUGAGGAGCAAAUAGAUAAUUUCGAUCCGAAAAUUUGCAACCAACAUUUGCAAGAGUGUCUGAAACGUGUGCUCUGUUGCUACGACGACAUUGAUGUUAACAGCCUGAAUUUGAAUGAGUUAAGUAGGCGCAGCUUUAUUGAAGCGAUCUACCUGCUUUUCAAUUUAGGAACUAACGAAGCGCUUAAUCGUGCCCUAAGUGUGCUAACGGAAGUCGGCAAGAAUGAAACAUUCGAUUUAGCUUAUCAAAUAGCUAUGAACUAUUAUCAAGGAAAUUUCUAUCGCGUGCUAGUGGGUAUACAAAAACUGCCACAUAUUUUAAGUGCAAUAGCUGCUCUGAAAUUACAAACAUUGAGACGAAAGGUGUACUUAGUAUUCGCACAUGCAUAUACGAGUAAACAAUUAUUCGUGCCUGCCAGCUUUUUAUGCAAGUUGACGUUGUACGAAGACGUCAGUGAUUUAUUAGCCGACUGCAAAUAUUAUAAUAUAAAAUUAAGUGAAGACAAGUCAAAUUUACAGUUCCAGAAAUCGGACUUCGAUGUAAACGCGGUUACAUUGAAAGAAAAACACGAAAGUUUUGUGGAAAAAAAACUUGCAAAAAUCUAUUUGCCAGAAGUUUUACUCCUAAAACGUGUUUAAUGUUUACUUACAUUUAGAAAGUUAAUUUAAAAUAUACAUAUACUUAAAUUGUAUAGAGAAAUAAACGAGAUUAUGAUGAAACCGUAUAUACAUACAAGUCUUCAAAUUUGAAGUGGUUGUAUAAACACACACUGGUAAAAAGAGCUGGAUUGACUGAUACUAGAAAUUUAAUAGAUUAAAUUUAAAAUACUUCAUGAAAAUUAAGUGAUUUUUGUUUUUUAAACUAUUGAACCCAAAGAUUUUUGAUUAUUUUGGACAAAAUAGCCUUUAAUACUUUUUUAUUUGUAUUUGAUAAAUGUGGAAAUUGCUUGCUUAAACUAAUUACAUAUGUAAUGUAUGUAUGUAUAAAGUUCAGGUGUGGACAAAAUCAUUAAAGUUUUUUCUCUGAAAUGCUUAACAAUAAGCAUUUACAUAGUGGUUUUCUACAUCUACAGCCUUUUAAUGAGUUAAAUGUUCAUUAUUUAAAAAAUAAAUAUAACAAAACUAUUAUUUGAUCACUGUUAUAUAUCUCUAGCAUACUAGUUGGUAAGCGUUAUUGAAAGUAGUACACAAUCUUCUAUUACUACUUUUAAAGAACUGCUGACAUUUCAUAUUUUGGUAUUACGACAUUUUCUUACUUGCUCGGACUCGACAACAGGUGUUGAUAUUCUAAGAUAAUUAUUCCAAUGUGUAACUUGCAAUACGGUUGUGUAGAAAUCUUUAUUUUCACUUUAAUGCACUUAUAUUAACUAAUUUUUAUCUCCACCUCGCCACAUGGGUUUGUUUCAGUUUCUACCGGCUAUCACACCCGCAAUCAUUAUAGUUAUGCGAUUUUACUAGUCUGCUGAUCAAUAAUGGAGGAAAUGGGUGUAACACCAAAUAUAUUUCCCGUAAACGAUAAAAG